AUGAAGUUCGGCUCAGCACUCGUGGCCGCGGUCGCUGCUGUAGCGGGAGUCGCCGCAAAGGACUAUGGCGGCGUGCCAGGCCAACCUAUCCAGAAGAGCGGAAAGGGAGCUGUCUUCUCUGGUGCUACCAACCCCCAGCUUGAUCUCCAAAACCCAAGCAAUAUCAACGGCCAGCCUGCCACCGACAUUGGUCUUGUACCAAACCUGAAAUGGAGCUUUUCUCUCUCCAAGACCCGUAUGUUCCAUGGCGGCUGGAUUCGUGAGCAGGUUAUCUCGGACCUGCCUGCCAGUCACGAUAUUGCAGGCGCCCAAGUGCACUUAACCAAGGGUGGAAUCCGACAGAUGCAUUGGCACAGAGUUGCUGAAUGGGGCUACGUUUAUGCUGGCUCCAUUUUGGUAUUUGCUGUCACCGAGGAUGGCCAAUAUCAGAUUGACAAACUCACCCCUGGUGACAUAUAUUACUUCCCCAAGGGAGCUGCUCACUCUUUCCAAGGUAUUGAGGACGAGAACGAGGUGCUCGUCGCUUUCGAUGAAGGUGACUUCGACAAGAUCGGGUAUUUAUUCCCCCCCUAUUACUCGAAUAUAAAUUUACAGCUAUCUAACGCUUUUAACUAUAGAACCACUUUCCAGGUUGCCGAGUGGAUCGCGCACACUCCUCAGGACGUGUUGGCUAAGAAUUUCAACAUCUCCACCGGCGGCACCUUCGACAAGACCAAGUCUAAUAUGCUCGAGAUCAUCAACUCGACCACCAGCACUCACAACGUUACUGGCCCUAAUGGCGCUCUCAUGGGCAAUAGCUCUUAUACCUUCCACAUCCGUGACGCUCCCGAAAUUCAAGUCCCUGGUGGCGGCGGUACUAUCCAGAUCGUUGAUUCGAAGAACUUCCCUAUAUCUAAGACUAUUGCCUGUGCUAUUGUUCGUCUAAAGCCUGGUGCUCUGCGUGAGCUCCACUGGCAUCCAACUGCUGAGGAAUGGCUCUACUUCCACAGUGGAAAUGCUCGCGCUACCGUUUAUGUUAGCGGCGGUCUAUCCCGUACAUUCGAUUUUACCGCCGGCGAUACUGGUGUCUUCCCAGAUAACGCUGGCCAUUAUAUCGAGAAUGUCUCUGAGGAUGAAGACCUCGUCUAUCUUGAACUAUAUAAGGCCGACCGGGUUGCUGAUGUCUCCCUCUCCCAAUGGCUCGCUCUCACUCCACACGACAUUGCUGCCGCUGCUAUCAAUGUUCCCAUCGACGUCAUUGACAAGCUGAAGAAGGACAAGCAAUAUAUUAUCCAGUAA